GGGGGAUCAACCACACAUAACGAAGAUAUGUCUUUCUCGGCAGACAAGGUUCCGAUCCUCAAGGCGGGUGCUGGGCAUGGCCAGCGGAGGUUUUCGAGCUCUAAGGAGCCGAGUGGCAAUGAACUUGGCUCCAGCAUCCACCGCAACUUCCGUGAAUCGCACGAAGGCCACAAGCCUCACGCCGGUCUCGAUCCCUCCCGCUCCACAACUGGUGUCGUCUGGACAUCAGAGCAGGCAUACAAGCACGGCUUUGCUGACCACCCUGAGGAAUGGGCAAACUUGGGCCAGGGAGCGCCAGAGGUCGACGACAGCAUUCAGGGCUGCUUUGAACGACCAAGGGAGGUCGACAUCAGCGCACAUGGCCGAGAGUACGGUCCUACAGCUGGUAUCAAGCCGCUGAGGGAGGCAGUUGCCAAUCUCUACAACCAGCAUCACCGCCAGUGGAGGAAGAGUCAGUACACAUAUGAGAACGUAUGCAUUGUGCCUGGUGGCCGCGCAGGUCUCAUCCGUAUCGCGGCUGUCCUGGGCAACUGCUACCUGGGCUUCUUCAUCCCCGAUUACACAGCCUACAACGAGAUGUUGUCCCUGUUCAAGAACAUCGCUGCUAUUCCUAUCCCGCUCGGCGAGCAAGACCAGUACCACAUGUCGCCCGACAAGGUUGCCGAAGAAAUCGCUCGUGGUACUUCAGUCAUCUUGACUUCCAACCCGAGGAACCCCACUGGCCAGAUGGUCACAAACCCAGAGCUUGCACAGAUCCAAAACAUCUGCCGUGACCGCGCGACCCUCAUCAUGGACGAGUUCUACUGCGGUUACAACUACACCACUAACUGCGACGGCACGGUCAUCUCGGCCGCUGACAACGUCGAAGACGUCGACGAAGAUGACGUGCUCAUCAUCGACGGUCUGACCAAGCGCUUCCGUCUUCCCGGCUGGCGAGUCGCCUGGGUCAUCGGUCCCAAGGAGUUCAUCAGCGCCAUCAGUUCCUGUGGUUCCUACCUUGACGGCGGCUGCAAUGUGCCCUUCCAAGAAGCCGCAGUCGAGAUGCUGAGCCCGCCGCGCGUGCGCAACGAGAUGCGUGCGCUGCAGAUGCACUUCCGUACCAAGCGCGACUACGUCAUUGGAAGACUGCAGGACAUCGGAUUCAAAUUCCCGUACAUGCCCAACUCGACGUUUUACCUGUGGCUGGAUCUGAGCGGACUGCCAGAGGGUAUCAACGAUGGAUUGAACUUCUUCCAGGCUUGUUUGCAGGAAAAGGUCAUUGUUGUGCCGGGUAUCUUCUUCGAUUUGAACCCUAGCAAGCGUCGUGAUUUGUUUGACAGCCCGUGUCAUCACUUUGUGCGCCUGAGUUACGGACCGAGGAUGGAUGUGUUGGAGAAGGGCAUGGACUCGAUUGAGAGGAUUGUGAAAAAGUACCGUGAGAACCCUGGCCACAAGCAAAUGUCCAUGAGGCCUCGUGGUGGAAUGUCUUAGACGGCGAUGGCGUUUGAUCCACACCCUCUGAAGGCCUGCAGUAGUAGAAUUGGCAAUACAAGGCAAUAUAUUUCAUGAC